UUUAAGAAAUGGAAGCAUCAUAGUGGAUUAUGUAAUUGCAUUCGAUGAAGAUACGGAAGUGUCCUCUGAACUAAUUACAGCAUCUGCCGACUUAAUUCAAGGGGCACAGAUAAUGUUUGACGGUGAAUUAGUGAAUGCCACUUCUAAUGGACAUCAAAAUAUGGACCCGUGCAUGUUGUAUUUGAUAUUGAUAGGAAGCUGCGAUAGCGGUUAUCACUGUGAAGUUUCAAAUAACGUUCCAAGAUGCAGACAAAACAAAGAAGAUGACGACGGACUAUUUCAUAUUAUCAUUGCGAUCAUUUCAACAUUGUGUGUGUUGAUUAUUAUCGGGGCGAUAAUUAAUAUCAUGUGUCUUCGGAAACGGAAACAAAAGCAGAAAAAGCAUGGAAAACAAAGGAACUAUUUUGCUGACAGUAUGAGAAAAAGGAAUUAUGGAGGGGGAAACUAUCACAGAACUGCAAAAGCUAUUAAAGAAGACACUAACUCCGAGGGAAAUUUUAACUCGAAAGUCCUUGCAUGGAACCCGAUGCAAUCAGGAUUCACCGACCUCUUCGGACGAGAUAUUGCGUACAAUCAACCACUACAAAUCCCCAGAGUUCACAACGAAAGGAGUAAUUCGUUUGGAAUACACAACAACGGCUUUGAUAGUGGUGGAGCAAGAGCAAACAGAGCCCCUAAUAGUAAUGGAAUCUUCAAAAGCAGCCAUGGCAUAAAUGGAGGUAGAUCUAACAGAGCUCGUAAUGACAAUGGAAUUCUCAAAGAUGGUUUUGAGAAUGAUGGAUUCAGAGUUAGCCAGUGCUAAUGUUGUGAUCAACAAAGGCUUUGAUCACACUGGGGGUAGAUCUUACAGAUCUUCGUAUGAUGACAAGAUGGAUCUUGAGGAAUAUUUCAACUUUUAAGAAAUAAAACCCCAUGUUUCUGCAAAUAUAAUCAUAUGGAUGUGAUUUAUUUUAGAUUAGAAAUUUGUCAUAAUUCUAAUAAUAUAAAUAAAGAUAAAAAGUGUCCCCAACAGAAAAUGAAAAUGAGUCUUUAGUAUACGCAUAUAUUUAAACAUCUUGUUUUUUUCUCUCUAAUACUCAAAAUGAUUAUUUCAGGAAGAUUAGUCUUGGCAGAUUGUUUAGCAAAUUAUAGUGUGUGUGUGUGUGUGUAUGUGUGUGUGCGUGUGUGCGUGUGUGCGUGCGUGGCGUGUGUGAAACAUUUUAAUACUUUAUUUAUUUCAAGUUAAUUUUUUUUUUGAUUUCGAUGUAUGUAACUAUAAAAGUGAUAUUUAACAUUAUUUCUAACAAAAUUGUCAGAACACAAUUGCCAGACUUUCCAAAUUGUUAAACAACAUUAUGAUAUAUUUCUACAACAGCUAUUAUAGAUUUGCAGAAACGCACAUCAAAGAUAAUAUUUGUAAACCAGUUAAAACGUUUCCUUAAAUUAAACUUGUUAACUUUUGAUAAAGAUGCACGUAUCAUAAUACAGCAUUUUUAGUAUUUAAAUAUAUAGAAGGAUUGAAUCCUUCCUACAUUUCAGAUAUACUUGUGUUCUCAAAAAAUGAAACAUAAACACUUACAAUAACUACUAAUAGAACUAUAAAACAUGUUAGAGCUAAUACAAAAUAUGUUAAAAGAACAUUUAGAAAAAAUGCUAUGCAAGUAUGGAAUAAUUUACAUUUAUAUAUUAAAGAGUCUUCGUCUCUAUAUUCUUGUAAAGGGAGAUACAGGCAAAAUUUUAAUUUCUUUGUUUUUAAUUUUUUCAUUCAUUAUUCUGUAAAUGUCCUCAAAAUGAAUACACUAGGCAGUCACAGGAACAAAACUUUUCUUCUUGUAAAGAAUAAAGUGGUGGUUUCAUAACUUGACCCGCGUGGGUCAGGUUAGAGCGUUAAAAUUUCACAAUUGUUGUCACAGUGAGCUCUGGAAACAUUCAAGAACAGAUGAAUGAUUUUAACUUGUUUUAUCAUGGAAUACGAUAAUUGCUUACUUCAUUAAUGACUGUGGUGAAGUAAGCCGUUGCCGUAUUCCAUGAUACUUGCUUUGAACAGAACAUGUAUUCUUCAUAAUAUAGUAUAAUAUUUUUAAACUUUUGUCAAAAAAUAUCAAUUUCAUUCAGGAUUGAGAUGAAAGCUUAAAGUUUAUAUGAAACUCUCUCCAAUAUAUAUAUAUAUAGUGUAAUAUUUUUUAACUUUUGUCUAAAAAUAUCAAUUUCAUUCAGGAUUAAAGCUUAUAUGAAACUCUUUCCUGUAAAAAAACGUAUCAAUAUAUAUAUAUAUAUAUAUAGUGUAAUAUUUUUUAACUUUUGUCUAAAAAUAUCAAUUUCAUUCAGGAUUGAGAUGAAAGCUUAAAGCUUAUAUGAAACUCUUUCCUGUAAAAACGUAUCAAUAUAUAUAUAGUGUAAUAUUUUUUAACUUUUGUCUAAAAAUAUCAAUUUCAUUCAGGAUUGAGAUGAAAGCUUAAAGCUUAUAUGAAACUCUUUCCUGUAAAAACGUAUCAAUAUAUAUAUAGUGUAAUAUUUUUUAACUUUUGUCUAAAAAUAUCAAUUUCAUUCAGGAUUGAGAUGAAAGCUUAAAGCUUAUAUGAAACUCUUUCCUGUAAAAACGUAUCAAUAUAUAUACAGUGUAAUAUUUUUUAACUUUUGUCUAAAAAUAUCAAUUUCAUUCAGGAUUGAGAUGAAAGCUUAACGCUUAUAUGAAACUCUCUCCUGUAUAAACGUAACGUAUAUAUAUUAAUAACAACAUAAAAUAGUUUUUGUAAAUACAGUUUAUUGUACCUGCACUUAAUUCCUUCCAUAUAUUUACAAGUAGAUUAUAAAUACCUACUACGUAUGACGUGUAAGAUGCCUAUAUCAAAUUUAACUAAUUUCUCGACAUGGGAGAAAAAAGAAGAAGAAAAAAGUAGAGUUCAGAAUUGAGACACCGAAAGUGAGGUAGGGGAGGGGUGGGGGUCACUGUGAUCCUAUUUAAGAGACUUACAAGAAGUAAAUCUUUUAUUAAUUAUUAGCCAAUUUAAAAUGAUUUCUUUAUAGGAAAUACAGGUGUUUCAUUGUGACAAUUUGCUAUAGUUAUUAUAGCAUAUAAUAAGAAAUACAUGAAAUAAAGGUCAAGGAAGCAACAGAAGGGUAACUCUUGUGAAACGGAAUGAGAUAACUCUUGCGAAACUCGUAGGAUCUUAUACACUAUAGUCUGUUCAAAGUGGCGUUUUGUAAACAUAUGUAACUGAUAAAAUAGUUAAUGGUCCAUAUUUCAGUAAAUUUGCAGUAUUCUUGCAUUAUUUUCAUUCAACCUUUAUUCAAUUGUUUUGCAUAUGUCAUUUAAGCUUUGUACAUUGGUAAAUCAAAAGGCCGUGUUUAAUUUGAAAUUAUCAAGUUAUGGUUGACAUAAAAAAAGGCAAUUAAAAGUAACAUUCUGAACGAUAAGAAUAUCAUUUGUUUGUUUAAUGAAAUACUGAAAUACAAUUUUCAGUCUUUAUAAUUAAGAUGUUUUAUGUUGUCGCUUUAAAUAAAGUCAUGAAAACACACGCCUUCACUGUGACCUCACAUGAUUUUAUAAUUUCUGUGCUCUUUGUUAAAAUGUUAUAUUGUAUUUUGCAUUAAUAGUUGUGUUUACAUGCUUUAUGUAAUAAACGUUUUGAACUUAAGUUUUAAUUUUACAUUAUUGUGCACCGGUUCAUAUAAUAAAAUAAGUUGUUAUCACUGUUUUAUAUCAUGUCCAAGACGAAAGACGCUUAUAGAUUCAAUGGUCAAAUGUAUAAAAAGCUUGAUAAUUGAUAGAAGUUUACACUAUACGAUUGUGACUUCCGUUAUCAUAUUCUAUAAGGUUGUCACAUCUUUACAAGAAUAUUGCAAUGAUAAUUAUAACUUCCGAGGAUAACAAUCUUUGGUUAAUUAGAACAAUAUUUGAAAACUUUUAAAAUAUCUUACUGUAUGUUAUUCUAACAAUAUGUGUACGACGCCUUUUAUUAAACUGUUUAAAUUUC